CUGGUAAAAGAAUGGUUAAUCCCUUGUGACUUGUUUGGCUCAUUCACAAACACGGUUAAAAAGAAAACGGGCAUCCCAAUUCAGAUCGAGCAAUCUCGCCGUCAAAAUCCCAAUUCACCUGAAAAAAUAUCUCUUUCAUCCAGAAGAACAAGGAAAAUGUCGCAGAGACACUCGAAGAACAAUAACGAUUUAGCGUUCUUCACGCACGACGAGAAGCCGAAGCUUGGCUAUGGCACGCAGAAGGAGAGACUUAGGAGGGACUCCAUCAAAUCAUUUGAUGUCUGCAGUCUCUGCUUGAAACCUUUUAUCAAGCCCAUGUCCUGUCUCAAGGGUCAUUUUUCUGUAAAGAGUGCGUUCUCGAAUGCCUGUUGGCGCAGAAGAAGGAUAUACAAAGCUGUCCAUAUUACAGAUUUGGGAAGAACAUGAAACGAGCUGGAAGUGGUUCUUGUUUUCUUCAGGUAAAUACUGUUUAUUUAUUUAUUUGUUCCUUGUGGAUUAUUUAUUCUGUCCUAAAUUUCAUGCACUUUAGUUAUUGCUGUUUUUUUCUUUUUAUUUUUUUGUGGUUGGAGUUGCAUGGUAGCCUGUGUUGUAUCAAACUUAUCUCGUCUCGAUCAACUAGUGUUCACAGAUUUAUUUUUGAUACGUUUCUGAUUUAGAGUGAGCUGCAUAUGAACAUGAUCUUGAGAGAUGGUGAACUUUGGAUUCCAUUUUUUUUUUUUUUUGGCUAAAGGUAUAUGCAUGCUUAAUUAGCUUCCACCAAGGUGGCAAAGUUUUGUUGUUAAAUAGUUAAUGGAGUUGAACAUUUCUUUCUAGUUGAUGCUCUCAUGUUUAUCAGACAUGCUUUUGCAGCGUUUUUGUCAGGGCUAAUUACAAAAUAAAUGUUGAACAAAUUUGUGCUAAUUAUUGAAAAUUCAGUUCUCUCUCAAAAUUUCCGAAUCCUAUUGACAUUUCUUUCUCUAGCACAAACCGUAUCAUAACGAGGAGAUUGUUUCUAGGUACAACAUCAGAAUGUGGUUUUGUAACUUUGAGCAAGUACUUGUAAUUUUGAAAUAACUGGCACUUUUUCUUAAAAGUUAGACUUCAGGGCCGAUUCUGAAAUGACUCCAUUUUGGCAUCCAUUUCUACUUCAGUAAGUUUUUGAAUUGUACAUAUGAACUGUGAAGCCAGUGAGUUUUUACCUUGAAAGAGCCACGCUAAUUCAGAAUAAUGAAGAACCCACUUUGAUUUACCUUUCUACUAUUCUUCAGCAUCUAUUGAUUUACCUAAUUCCUAGCACGCGUUUUUACUGCAUAUCGGUGAUGGUGCUUUUGACGAUUUUAAGCAUGGAGAAAAGCCUCGAAAAUCAACAGCACGCGUUUUUACUGCAUAUCU